AUGUUCAGUUCUUCAACGAUAACUCCUGAUAAGCAACUCAAACCAAUAGAGAAGAAGUUUUAUAAGAAGUUGUCUUUUUGUCGAUUUCAAGCUCGUCUUAUAUUUAAAAUACUUAUGGUAGUAGGUUUUGCUAUUCAGAGUGCAAAGUUUCUUGAAAUGUAUUUGGCAUAUCCUUCAGUUGUAGAGUUAGACGUGAGUCAACCUCAUGAAGUAGAUUUUCCAGCUUUUACAGUCUGCAACUUGAACGAAAUACGUGUUGGUCCUUACUGCAGAAAAUAUCCUUCUAAAUGUGCAACAAUAAAUGAUUAUCCAAGACAUUGCCAACUGUAUCCGGAAUAUUGUCGUCUUGUGGGGCAGAAAAACAUACCGCUGCCAAUCCAUCCUGUCAGCGAAUAUAACUUGGACAGAGAAGAAAGACGCCAAUUUGGUCAUCAAUUUCGUGGGCUCAUACGCAGUUGUGUCAUUGAAACAGAUGUGAUUCGGUUAAUCUUAAACUUAGAAGUGGAGGAGUAUCAUCCUGAGCAUUUAUCAAGGGGUGCUCAAAUCAGUAUACAUUCUCCAUAUCACAUCCCCUCUCCUAUGAGUAAUGGACAGAUUUUAGACAUGGGUGCUAUAUACCGAUUUUACAUGUCAAUGACUCGAUUACAAUUACUUAAAGCCCCUUAUAAAAGUAGAUGCCAAGAUUAUAUGGAGGAGUGGAGGAAAAAUGGCGGAAAAGGACCGAUUACCCAAAAGAUGUGCAAAGAAAAAUGCAAACUUGAUCGCUCUUUGGAAUUGUAUGGAUGUGUAGAUGCUCGCGUAGAUUAUCCACACAAUGAAACUAUAUGUGAAAAAGUCAUUCCUCGAUUUCACCAGGAAGCUAUGCCUGUAUGUGCAAAAAAGUGUGGAAUGCCAUGCAAGUUUGAUAAUUAUGAAUUUCAAGUACAGCAGUCUUUUAGCGAAGGAUUCCGCAAUGAUUGCAUUACUGCCCAUGACUUAGCAUGCAGUACUCUAGUACAGAUAUUUCUAGAAAACAUGGAAAUCAGUACUUUUACUUAUUCUCCUCGACUGGAGCCAGUUGGAAUUCUUAGUUGGAUUGGAGGUUAUGUUGGACUUUGGUUGGGGAUAUCAUUGAUACAAGUUUAUGACUUUUUAGAGGCGCGAAUAUUCAAUGGCAUUUCAUAUCUACAGAAGCGUCACGCCCGAGACAAGAAAAGGAAACACAGGAGAAAAUUAGGUUUUGAAGGAUACCAAACAAAAUUGUACAGAAAACAUUAAUGUGUACUCAAAAUGUAAAUAAACGACAUGAAUAUUUUUA